CUUCCUGGUGUUGAUGGCCUUUAAUGUCAGUCAAUAUUUGUGGCAUAUCACAAUUCAGGUCAACAAAAAGCUGGUAGCGUUAUAUAACGAUUUAGUAGGUAGUACUGAACGUCRAAACGUACCAGUCGAUUUUUUACAUUACAGAUAUAUCCUUGCUAAAUCGGUAACUAAGACAUUGAGAACUAAACUAGGUCAGUAAUCACGUGAUAUUAGAUCACAAAAUCGAACUGAUGAGCAUUGUGGGGAACGAAGAACGUCAGAUUCACUAGUCGAUUUUACUAUACACGAAGUUCAUUCUAUACUGUUGAUAGAAAAAAGGCAUCGGGAACUAAACUGGAUAUCCUCGUAACAUGAGUUUCAGUUGGCAAAGAAACAACUGCUCAGGCAGUGCAGCACCAAAAGAAUUGUCUUUCUCUACUGCGAUUAUAUCUUUGGGCUUCUGCGUCGUGGCUGCGCCAUGCAACCUUCUCAUCUGCUUAACGAUUUACAAAGACCCGCACAAGAAUCUAAGAACACCGUUCAACUUGCUCAUUCUCAACGUUGCCCUUGCUGACUUGAUUCAAGGUGUCUUGGUCCUCCCGCUGUCAGCUGCUUACCAUGGUAUGGAGGGAUUUCAAAAUGCGUCGUCUCAAUUACUGAAAGCUCUUCAUCUUUUCUUCUUUAUUUCUUGUACAGCAUCGAUCAUGAGCAUCGGGGCAUUGGCGGUCGACCGAUGCAUCGCCGUUUCUUAUCCUUUUAGAUAUCGCUCUGAGUCGUCGUACUCGCGCUCUGUUCGCAUAUCGAUCCUUAUCUGGCUUAUUUCCGCUAGCUUGUCUUUUGUGUAUUUUCACGUCGAUUUUAUUAUAUACACGUUUGUUUUUGUUAACAGUGUGAUACUAGUUACUGUUUUCGUGCUGAUUGUUGUUCACCAUUGGGUAAAAAGGAGUCUUAGAAACCACCGCAAAAGGCGCGAAUUCCAACUUUCGACGGAUUUUAAUAAGAAAAUCAAGAAAUCGAGUAGUUUUAAUGGUCACAGAGGCAAGAUGAUAAUGCGUCACACUAGAAUGACACACACUUUUUUGGCAAUUUUAAUGGCAUUUCUUCUUCUCAGCACUCCUUCGUUCGUUUUCGCUUACCUAUUGAACUUCUGUAACAUUUGCGGCUGCAAUACUCUCCAUGUCUUUCGGGAUUUGCACUUUUUGUUUGUUUUAUUUCCAAGCAGUGUAAAUCCCUUCCUUUUUGGUUUACGGUUACCGCACUUCAAGCGCGCCUUAAUGGUGGUUAUUUCAAGAAGGAAACGAAAUAGUCACGAACAAAACUAUUCAAAAGAUGUGACUUCUACUGCAGAAGACGAUGGCUUAAGCAGCUCUCAACACAGACGACGCGGCAGCUGCUGUUACAGGCCAUCUUUAAAGCAAAAAUCAACAUUGGAAAAUCCUUUUCUUCGUGAGAUAAAUAAAAAUGACAAAAUAAGAAACGGAAAUAUUGAACUAGGUAUUGUAAAUAAAGAUCUCAAUUGCCUUGAGCUAGACGAGGAAAGCAAACAGUAUAGAAAGUUGGGGUUCGAUUCUUCAUUUUCAGAAAAUAGUAAUCCAUACGGCAGGGCUGACAACGGCGGUUUUGAGUCGGCGAAUCUUCGAGAUUAUCGAUUAACUUCAAUAGUGUAAUUACACUGCCGCAUAUACACUAUGUAUAUAUUUAGAAACUAUAUCCAAUAGUCGCUCAAAAUUGUCUUAGUGAUAUAUCAUAAAUACAAGUUGGCAAAUAUAUGGCACGUUAUUUAAUGCUUUUGUAAGAAAUAACAUAGUUGAUUGAUAGGUGGAUGUUAUAAAUACGCCGGCAAGAGCAUUUGAGUGGGAUGUACAAUAGUUCCGCGCGAUCACUAACAAUACGUCGACUCUUAUAAAAUUAAAACUCAUCACCAAAGAAAUUUCAAAUAAGGAAAUUAAACUGAAUAUUUGGAUGACAAAUGAUAAAAUAAAACUGAAGAUAAAAAAAAAUAAUUGUGACGAAAGGGGUCUCAUAGUGUUGAGUGACCGAACCGCAACCAUACACUUGUAGCAGGCGUUCCUUGCGAGUCCUUGAUAUGUUUAAGUCGAGAAGAGAAAAUCUAUAGAGAGAAAAAAACAACAACA